AUGAGGCUUCGACUGACGGUCCAGCGGAAUGGCCUGCCUGCCGCCAACAUACUCUGGAGCGUACCUGAGACGAACAGCACACAGGCAUACACCAUUACGCGUCUGCUUGAGGAUGUCAACCACAUUAUCCCGCUAGAGGCCGAGCACUGGGGCCUGGAGCACUAUGUCGUCGAGGUGGGCGGCUUCGAGUGUCUGCACUUUAUGCCCGUCACGAAUGCGCUCAAAGAAGACGAUCAUGUUUCCAUCCGCCCACUCAUGACUGCCGAAGUACGCGCGCGCACCCUCACCGGCCGGGAUCAAAUAUCAGACGGAGGCCAACAUCUCGUCGAUGGCGUUCCCUUCGGUCGACCCUACCUGCGACAACCAAAUCGACCUGCUGUUCGCAUACCUCCACGCAAACGACGCCGACUAGACGAUGGGCAGUCCGACGAAGAUACUGAAGCUGUGGGCCUUCUUACGGAGCAUGGAGAAUCAUCCGAAGCGCGCGACGAUGUUGCGAUGCUGAACGGUCACAAGGAGUCGGGGAAUAAAGCAUCAAGGGCGCAACGGGCAGUCAAGUCGGUGCAGUUCGAGCAGCCCGAAAUUGAUGAUUCGGACGACAGCGAGGGAGAUGAUGAUGACUUUGCACCCGAAGAAGCAGAGGAGGAGGUGUCCUCUUCAGACGACUCGGAGUCGGACUCAGAUUCAGACUCAGAUUCAGACUCAGAGGCAGACGCAACGGCAACGGCAAAGGCAAAGUCGGACGCGUCGUCUAGCGCCUCAGAUACUUCGGAUUCAGAUUCAGAAACAGACACCUCGAGCGAUUCCGACUCCGACUCCGACGAUAGCGACGCAAGCUCCCCGCCCGAUGUCUUGUCUUCCAAAGACGGUCGCAAGACCAAAGCAGCCACAACGCAUGUACCCCCCGGAGAUGGACUCAAAGCUACAAAGCUGAGGAACUCGCGACGUACAAGAGCUAAUCGUCUGCGUAGUCUCAAGGCGUCGGGCAAGCUUCCCGAAACCGCUACGUUCAGCGACCUGGCCGCCUACGAAGACGGCAGGUAUGGUCUGGAUGAGGAAGAACCUCGACACACACAACCUUUUGCCAAAUCCCAAGGCAAGAGAAAACGAUUAGACGAAGAUGAGCCGGCAGAGGAGGUCGCAGAAGACACAACAGAGCUGGAGCGAAGGAAACGGGACCUGAUGGCGAGGUUCGGAGAAAGCACAGAAGCGACGGCACCAGCGGACGAGGCCAUACAGCCAACGGCUCCGGUCGUUGAGCAAGCCACCACGACCCUAGUGGAAGAAGAGCCACCGGCGAAGAAAGAGCCUACCUCCAGAAGACUGCGACCAGACACCCGCGCCAUUGGUCGGAUACUUGCUCGACAGGCUGGGCCUGUUCGGAAGAUAAAAGCGAAGGCACCGACACCUGAGCCUGAAGAGUGGUCAAACCCCGAUUUCUGGAAGACACGGAUCAAUCUUUCGGCAUUUGAAUGCUGGGAAGAGGACUUCGAGCUCAGCGCUCCGCCCUUCCCGUUUCAGCAGCACUGGGAUCCAGCCAGCAAGCUUAUGCAUGACAAGGCUAGGAAAAAGAAGCAAAAGAGGCGGAGUAAUGUGCAACAGGAGGCAACGCCAGUAGAAGAGGAGGAGGAAGAGAAGAUCAUCUUAGACUACGACGAUGCUCCCACAACGAACCCCGACUCUGAGUCCAUCAACGCAGCCGUCGAGGACCAGCUGCGUCAAGAUGUUGCAAUGGCUGCGCAGUCUGAUCUGCCACCACUUCCUGAAGACAUGAGCACCCUGCCAGAGCUCACGUCGUCCGACAUGAAGGUUGGUGCUGUCAUCGCCUGCAAGUUUUUUACUGUGAAUCCCGUCACUGUUACACCCGAGAUUAGCGGAUACAAGACAGCUACUGUAGAGCAAGAAGGCGACUCAGGCCCCGGCGCGGGUACGAUCCAGCUCAAGAUUGCUUUGCGCGAUCUUCCAAAGCGGGAGAAGAAGUUUGACAGCAAAGGCAACCGCAUCUACAACGCGGCCGACGCUCUCCUCAUGGAAGAGGAUGACGAGGAUGAGGGCCUGUGGGAAGGCUCAUUUGGCGAGCUUCUAGAAGCGAAGCUUGUGAAGGCUGCGUAA